AUGAAGCCCUCGGCCGCCGAGCUGGCCGCGUCGGGACUGCAGGCCCCGCAGCUGCAGCGCGGGGGCAGAGCGGGCUACAGGCUCCGGGCCAAGCCCUCCUACGUGGACGAAGCGCUCUUCGGCGGCAGCCGCCAAGCGGGGCGCCGGCAGGCCGCGGCGAGGGUGGCGUUCGCUCCCCCGUGGGCGGACGAGAAGGCCCGGCCCCUCCUGCCGAGCUCGGAGGCAGCGCAGCGGGAUGGCGGCUGCUUGGCGAGCCCAGCGCCGUCCGCCGGCACUCCGAGGAAGCCGCACAAGUACAGGCUGAAGAGUCACACCCCAUCCUACUGUGAUGAGACACUGUUCGGCCCAAAGCCAGGAGGGCAAGAGUGGCCAGCUCCUUGGAUGGAGGAGGCUGUAGCUAAGCUCCGCCCUCUGCUCUGGACUCCGCCUUCCGCUCCUCGAGACCGGCCAGACCUUUCCUCACACCCCAAGGAGACUCUGGUCAGAGCCCCUCGUCGGGAGAUGCCAAGCUCCCCGGGGACAGAAAGCUUUGGGACGCAACACAGAGAAGAGCGUUCUUCUUGGAGACGUCCCGAGGGCGAUUCAGACUUGGACAAGCAAGCCGUCCUCCUCGGCCAGCCCCCCAGCCAGUCCCUCACCCGGAUCUACAGUGGUUCUGAUUGGCCUCAGACAGCCCCCCACAAGCUGGGUGCAAGCAGGCAGCCCGGCUGCUCCCUCCCAGCGGCCUCCGCAAAGCCUCUCUCCAAGCCAUGGUCAAAAGGGGUCCCUGUGUCGCCCUCCGCCUCCAGGUUAUCGAAAGCUACAAGCUUAUGCAAGCCAAGGCCCCCCUGGAAAUAAAACUGCUCACCCAAUCUAGACUCCUUGCAAAACCUCACUGAAUGGCAAAGAUGGGUGUGGAGUAGUCAGGCUGGCUGUCCUCCUCUCCGGCCACUCUGCAUGCAUUCACAUGUGUUAUUGACCCUCCACUCGCAGGCCGUCGUGGUCUUUGCCUUUCCUUGCAGAGUCUUAAGCAUCCCACAGUGUUCAGGGAGGCUGGCUCGCUAGUCAGUGUGUUUAGGAUGGUAGCCUUCCUGUGAGUUGUGUUGCUUGCUAGGCAUGCAAGAGAGAGAGAGAGAAGGGGACACACCUCCCGAGAGCUUUCUCUAAGCAACAGACCUCGCUCGCUCGCUGGGCGGGUGUGCUCAGUAUUUAUUGCCAACCAUCCAGUGCCUGCUUACCAGCGAGAAAAAGAGAGAGAGAGGGGCCACAGCUGGGCCUCACCUCCUGCCCCUCUUGCCUCGGCCCUUCUUCUUCCGCUUGCCCCGGAGCAGCGAGCGCACCAGGUAGCCCUUCCACAAGGCCUGGAUGAGGGUGGCGGCGCGGACCAGGAUGGCCAGCUCCUUCUCGGCUUUCUCCUUCUGCUCCCGCUUCACCCUCCUCUCCUCCUUGAUCUGGCUGUACUCCUGGUCCAGCAGCUCAAACCUCUCCCUCAGCUCCGCCAGCUGGGCCUUCUCCACCACGUAGACGGCAUCAAUCUCCUCGUACUCAUCCUGUGGGGAGGAGAGCAGAGGCCUGGGACUUGGGAGCGGCGCCCCGAGGGCGGCCCUGCCUCACCCCUGCUCUGUGGCCUGGGCUCCAAGAGGGCUUGGACAGCCACCGCCUCCACCCGCUUCCCCCAGGGGCCCUCGUGGGGCCCUGUAACUGCCCUCCCCUCAGCAAGAAGGCUCCAGGGCUGGGUCUGAGGGCAAGUGGCAGCUGCAGCCUCAAGCGGCUUUGCGUUCUAUGAUGGAAGAAAGGGGGGCGGGAUGUCUGGAUACAAUAAAAAAGAGGGAAAGAGGCUUCAGCGGGGUUUUCCCUCCUGUGGCCCGAGAACGUCCCCCCAUGACGCUGGAUGUUCCCUAGGAGGUCAGAGUGUGUAAGGCCAAGGGGGCCUUGUUUCUGGCCUCCCUUCUUAAAGCCCCAAGUCUGACCUAUCUAGCCACUGGCUUUCCUGCCUUCUGUGCCGUUUUCUCUUCCGCAGGCCUCGCCUGAGAAAGAGAGAGUUACUGUGCAGGCGCCUUAUCGGAGUAAUUCUUACGUCAGCCAUUUCCCUGAGAAAUGGCUUCCUCUUUGCCUGGGUGUAGACGGAAGCCACCCCUGCCAAACUGAAAUGACUUUUGGGCCAUGUCCAAGAGAUGUUAGAAGCCACGUCGCAGCGUAAAGGCUGUAGUGAGCAUGCGUGGGGCUUGGGAAGUCUACAUCUUCCGGGGCUGUGAGGAUUCCCCACCUCCCCACGGAAUCGGAUAAAGGAGCAGCCAGGCGAAGGAUGCAUUAGGAGCUGCAGGCCAAAGAAGGGAUUGGUAUCUUUCCUGGGGUGCUUUCUUUGGGAACAGGGAUGCUGGUUCAGCAACCUCUGGCAGCAGCCUCCACUUUAGGAACCCCCAGGCUAGAGGGAGCUCACGGCCAGGGCCUCCGCUGGACUUCGUGGGCCUUGCACGCCCUGCUCUCCUUUCCAGCUCCCUGCUUCUCCCAACAUGGCCAUGCAGCCAACUUCUGAGUGCCUGGCAGGAUUCCCAUUCUGGCGGGAGAACUGGGGGUGAGGGUGAGGAUGGCGUCAGGGGUGGCUUUGUAAUCUUGAGAGGGUGCAAGGGAGGAGGGAGAGUCAGCACCCCACGGCAGAGCAGAGGAGGUUUUGCUGCUGGGAGUUGGUGAAACGACACCCUCGGUGGGGGGAGGGAGAAAGAGGAGCCCCGUGGGCGGUGGGGAGUACCUGCUUUUCUAUCAUUUCGGCGUCAUACUUCUGGACCCAGUUCUCAAUCUCCAUCUCCACUUUGUAUUUCUUCUGCAAUAAACCGCACAAGAGGAGCAUUUUCAGCUCGAAA